AUGGAAUGUGCAUCAGCACAGUCAGUUCGUAGUAAUGAUAAAGGAACUUCCAAUACGUUUGAUACGGUGGAAUAUGCUGUCCUUAUUCUAAGUAGUCCAGGGAACGAACUAAAACGAGAUGCUAUCCGAGCUACUUGGGCUAAUUUUAUUAAUAAUAUAUUGGUAGAAAAUGGUGAAAGAUUUUACAAGUGGAACUACACAAGGUCUGGAAAAAGUAUUAAGAAGGAUCUUAUUAAAUGUUUUUUUGUAUUAGGUACUAAAGGCUUAGAUGACCAAAGUCUAAAAAAAAUUACUUCUGAAUUUAGUCACAGUAAUGAUAUAUUAAUAUUGGAAGAUUUUGAAGACAAUUAUAUUAAUUUGACUUCAAAGUUAAUAUUGUCUUUAAAAUGGCUAAACGACAAUUUAAAAAAAAUGAAAUAUGUAGUAAAAUGCGAUGAUGAUUCUUUUGUCAGAAUUGAUUUGAUUGUAAGAGACCUAGAAGCUUUUGCUCCAGAAAUGAAUGAUCCAUCUAUAAGUCAAUUUGUGUCUUAUAAGAAAAUCCUGCCUUCAUAUAAGGGCUUAUAUUGGGGAUACUUUGAUGGACGGGCAAAAGUAUAUUUAAAUGGAAAAUGGCAGGAAAAAGAAUGGUUCCUUUGUGAUACUUAUUUGCCUUAUGCUCUUGGUGGUAGCUAUAUAAUAUCACAGAGCAUUGUGCAGUAUGUAGCAAGAAAUUCAGAUUUAUUAAGCCAUUACAACUCUGAAGAUGUUUCCAUGGGGGUAUGGACUGCUGCAUUGGAUGGGAUCAAUAGAGUUCAUGAUAUAAGAUUUGACACCGAAUGGAAAUCUAGAGGAUGUGAUUCUAAUAUGUUUGCUCGUCAUAAACAAACUCCAAGUGACAUGUUCCAGAUGUACAGAACAUUAGUAUAUUCACAAGGUGAUGUAGGUACA